GUUAAUAAGCCCCAAUAUGGAGAAGUUAUUCUGGUUAAUUUCAGCCACUGUGUGUUUUGUUGUGAGUAUCAUUGGUAAUGCUUAUUACCCUGUAACGUAUGUGUAGAUAUCCCUCGUUAAAUGUGUGUUUUACCUCAUUUGGGAGGAUUAUUUGGGGGAUUUACUGGCCUAUGCUAACAGGGACAGAUACUUUCAAUGGUAUUUUUCAAUUGUAUUUUUCUCAAUGGAGUUCAGCCUCUCCCUUGUCACGGCCCAACAUUUAUAUCAGAAAUUGCGUACUAAUCAUAUAAAAUAAUAAUAAUUUGCUUUUAAAACUAGACGUUUUAAGACAAGAGACCCGCGAGCAUUUAAUAGUCAAAGGGAUUGAUUUAUUAUUUAUUGUUCAGCCUUUGUGAUCACGUGCGCGCAUCACCCAAUCGAAUGGCAGCCCUGCGUCCGAACUAUUAGUAGACUGUAGUUCUUUGUGGUGCCAAGUUGCUACUUGAUUACUUCGAUUUUUAUUUUGUGAGAGUGGGGUUUAGUGCGUGUGUAUGUGUGUGUGGUGUGUGUGUCGCGCUUUUAUUUGUAAGUAUCAGUUUAUGUGUGCGUGGUGUGUGUCGCGCUUGUAUUUGUAAGUAUCAGUGUAUGUGUGCGUGGUGUGUGUCGCGCUUGUAUUUGUAUUUGUAUGUGUGGGUACAUGUGAAAGUCUCUUUUGCCAUGUCGACAUCUGGAACGUUGACUAGCUACUACGUCGACUCCCUCAUCUUGCCUGAGAGUGAGGCGCUCUCCGCGCCCAGAUACUCCUCCGGUCCGGGGGGGCUCCAGCACCCGAAGCAGCCCACAUCGAUUACCGAUCACACUGAGCUUGGGCCCUGCACCUUCCCAACGAAAGCCCCAGUCUUCAGCCCGUCCUGGGGCCAUGUACCGACCCAGUUUCCAGCCGCCGUGUCGUCGGUGUACCACCACCCUUACGGGAAUCACCGAAGCCCGGUUCCAGGCGACCUGGAGAGUCGCUACAUGCAGUCCUGGCUGCUGGAGCCCAUGUCAGGUUCCUUGCCUUUAACUGGAUUACCAACGAGUCACCACUACGGGAUCAAAUCCGAAAGCCUGGAUGUGGGAGCGGACAGCGUGCUGCCUGGAUCCCACACGGCGUUGCUCCUGUCCGAUUUCGCCGACGGAACGGCGGCGACUGCAUCCCCGGUGGACAAGGACACACUACCAGGCCAGACCGGGGACCUGAACGAGGAGAAACCGGCCCUUGAUCCAAAUAACCCGGUAUCCAACUGGCUCCACGCUAGCGCCACGAGAAAAAAGCGCUGUCCAUACACCAAGCACCAGAUCCUCGAGCUGGAGAAAGAGUUCCUCUUUAACACGUACCUCACGCGGGACCGUAGGUAUGAGGUCGCGAGGCAGCUCAACCUUACGGAGAGACAAGUCAAAAUCUGGUUUCAGAACCGCAGAAUGAAGAUGAAGAAAUGUAAUAAAGAUGGUGGACCAAAAGAUGAUUUAUAGGUAUGAUUGAUUGAAUGAGAACGUAAAAACAUAUCCGAAAUAAGGGGGAUAUCUGUGAAAAGGCUCUUUCUCUGCUGGACUGCAUUUUUAUAGUCGUUGUUUAAUUGUUUUAUCCCUAACAGAAGCUGUUAUGUGUCUUGUAAAAAGCAUGUCCGGCUCUACUCGUCGGUUUGAUGCAACUAACUACCUUUAUAUUGCACAAUUUAGCAGUGCGCAUUUUUUUUGUUAUUGUUAUUAGGAUGUUCAUGAAUGAAUUAAAGCCUCGGCUGUGAGGGCAUCUGUGUAAGGCAUGUACCCUAUUGAUAGGCCUGUUCUCUGUGCUCGUUUGUGUGUGGAUGUGAGUAGCUAUGUGUGUGUUCUCUGGUUUGUAGAUAUAGGCCUAUGUGUAUUUCAGGUUAAACUGAAUUUAGUUUAAAAUGUUUUUGUUGUUGUCGUUAACUAUUGGUCGAUUUGAGUUGGAGGCUAAGGUAAUGGUGGCAUUUUGAAGCGGGUGCAUGAGCAUCAAAAAGCCUCUUUAAAAUGCAUAUUGGCCUGUUGAUAAUGUUACUAGAAGCUACAUACAAUGAUAUUGUCUCUCAACUACCUAUAAUUGCAAGAACCUCAUUUCAUUUUAACAUGACUUUUCGUUGUGAAUAGACAGAAUGCUUGUAUAGAUCGUAAACUAUGUCUGAAUUUCAGGGAGUAACAUUUGAGAGGACAUAUUUGUUAGAAAGGAGAGAGACUAAAUAAACAGAAACACUGUAUGCUACCUAAUGAAAACCUCAUGGUCUGGGGACUUUCACAUUUUUGGUUCUCAAAUGUAAUUUGUACUAUUUAUUGAAUAAAACAAAUUAUAUCUGCGAA